AUGCGAGAAAGAGGCCGAAGAGUUAGCGAACCUUGUGAGAACCGAGAUGAGGUUGUUAAAAACCUUGAGCGGCGCCUCGUGAAUGCCAAGAAGCUCAUCGCCGAACUGAGAGCAGAGAUGCAAGAAUUACAACGCAGAGGCCAACCCGUGCCACAAGAAGACCAGCCAACGCAGCAACCUCAGCAGACUGACUCUCGCGUCAGCGCCCACAGCCUGGCCAGCAUACAUAACUGGUAUGACCAGGUUCUCCAGUGUAUGAGAGAAAACAAAUGCAGUAUGGCCUGUGCCUUCCGUCUUGCGAGCUGUCCUCGGAGCACACUCAGAGACUUCGUUGCCAUAGCCGAACUUAAGAAGGUGGACUCCAGAGAACUAGACCUCGUCCUCCGUGACCAAGUGGGUUCCGUGCGUGCUCUCGAGGUUGUCUGCCGAAAACGACUCCGGCGCUACAUCCCGGUGAUGAACAACAUGAGGAGGGAGGGGCAGCUGUUGCCAUUAAAGUUUGAUCCGCGCUUCUACGAGUGA